UUCGGAUACAUCAUUUCCUCCUGAAUGAUUAAACUGUUACAUCAGCACAGUUUUGUCUUCACUUUACUUUUGGCAAUAGUUGUCUUGAUGUAAUAUUUGAUUUAUGUGGAAAUGGACAGAUUUAGUUAUGUACAGAGAAGAACCAGCACAUCUAGUAGUGUCAUUUCAAAUCAGUAACGCUGUUUUGGAUAAACGUAUGGAAUCUAAAACAAUGUGUGUUGUUUUCCUGUAGUUAAUGUAUAGUGUAGUAGUUUGCGGGCAAGGACGCAGUUUCCCCACUGACGGAAUUUCCCGCAUGACCCCGCAGCGCCCCGCGUGGAAGGGAAGGCCUUAUAUGGUGCUGGAAGUGGGUGUGGCCAGGCGGAGCAGGAGGUGGAUCACGAGACUCGAGCUGAAACAGAACGUGUUGUUUCGCCACUGCUGCCUUUUCUCUCUGCGCUUUUAAAAGGCCGCGCGCCGUGCAGGCUGUAAAGCAAAAAGGCGUGCUGUUUCCCCAGUUUGCCCUCCCCUCCAUGACUCCUGGCUCGCUUUCUGCACGGAGAAAGAGAAAAGAAAGAAAGCGACCCACUUUUUAAUUCACGCCACUCGUAUGCGCGAAAAAUCAAUCUCUUGAGUAAUACAGGAGUGAGGUCAGCGCAGCAUGACUCAACCUCGGAUAUGCAUGCAGUCAUUUCUGUACUAUUGCAUUACCCACCGGGCGCAUGGACCUAGCAGCCGCUCGUGCUGCGACCUCCUGGGCGAGACGAGGCAGGAAAAGCAGAGAAGAAGCGAGAACGGUUGUCACCCAUGAAUGUGCGACACAAGGCAAGCUCCAGGCGCCUCAGUUUCUGUUGAUAUCCUUGGAGCAGGAGAAGACUUGGUGCAAAGCUAAUAGACAUGUUUGCGUGUCUGUCAUACUGUGAUACUGUGAUUUCAGCAAAUGGGAUGCUGCAGUUUUGUGUUUUAAAGCUAACUUCCAUUCCAACUAUGCUAAGCAGAUUUGGAUGACCACAGAUUCUUUAAAACUUGUUGAUACAUUUGCGAGUAAAGAGGGACACAGACGUUUCAUCCCACUGGAGAGAGCUCUGUGUGGUUUGGGGAUCUGAACUCUUCUUGCCCCGUCACAAGUACACUCCAGCCCUCUUUCAGCAUCCUUAUUCAUGAUAGCCAUGAGUUUGCCACCUCAACAGAAACCCAACACAAAGAGGACAGGCAAGCGCAUCACUUUCUUUAACGAACAGGCUGUUGCCAUGAAAGAGGCCUCUCAGCACGCAGAGGGUUCAUACUAUGGCCUGGGGGCCCCUCCCUCAGAGCAAAGCCACAGCGAGGCUGGGACUGUAGAAAGCUCCAAUGCAGAGGCGCCACACAUGUACCUCAAUUCUGUCAUUUUCAGCCCGGAAAAGGGAAAUCAGAACCGUGGGCAUUACCAGCAGACUAUGCCCAUGAAGUGGUCGCACCAGGACCCUCCCCAGCAGCCUCAAGAGAGGCCUGGGGCUUGGUCCCAGGGUGUCGCCAUGGCAAAUUGGCCAAAUUUUCACACAUACCUGGGAACUCAGGCUGGUUUUGCGAAACAGAUUCAUGAAAGCAUGGCGAUGCCACAGCAGCAGUCGUCUUCCAUUAGGAUACCAGAAAAGCAACAGCAGGCAACCAAUGCAGGUGAAGCCUUUAGAGAUGCUCCUAAAACCAACAGGGGUCUGGACUGGGAGCAGCAGCAACAGCAGCAGGCUUUUCAGCAGAGCCACAAGCCUGGAGUCUUAAAUCCCCAGCAACAUGUGACAUCCAACCCUGGGAACACAUCAGUGCUUCAGCCCUUUCAGCUAGCUUUUGGUCAGCCCAAGCAAAACUUAGGUUACUAUCAAGUAUUCCAGGGGAAUAGAACCUUGCCAAAUUUGAACUAUGGUACCCAGACGAAUGCCCAGCAUCAGAUUCAGCAGUUGCAGCAACAGGAGCAACAGCAGCAACUUCAGCAACAGCAGCAGAUCCAGAGACUGAUGCUCCAGAAGCAACAACAGCAGCAGCUUCAGCAGCAGCUUCAGCAACAGCUUCAACAACAGCUGCAGCUGCAGCAGCAGCAGCAAGCACACCCAGCGCAACAAAUACUGCAACAUCAGCAGCAGUCGCAACAGCAAGUACAGCAGUCGCAACAGCAAGCACAGCAGUCUCAACAAAUGCAGCAACAGAUUCAAAUGCAACAGCAAGUACAGCCACUACAGCAACAGCAAGCGCAGCAGCACCUGCAGCAAGCUCAACAGCAGCAGCAAGCGCAACAGCUGCAAUUGCAAAAGCAGCAAAAAGCUGAAAUGCAGAAGCUACAACAGAAUCAGCAAGUAGUGGAAAAUUACUCCAGUGGUCAACAGCCACAUGCACCCGUGCAGACUGAGCAGCCUCAAAUGACGGAACAAUCCCAGGAUACACCUGAACCUCCAUCGACUCUGGUCCAGGACCUUGACCCCCAGCGCCUGUCUGCGGUUUCUCAGUCAUCUACUGAGACGCAGCCGCAACCUGGGCCCAGGAGAUCACGACGCCUCUCCAAAGAGGGAGGUGGACCUUCAGAGAACCCCUUCCUCAUGCCUGCUGACCACCAGACACAAGGCUCUCACAAUGGAGCCCCUGAAGCAGGGGAGGCUGCAGCAAAGCAAGGCAUUCGAGCUGCCCCUACAGGGGUCAUCCAGAGCACACGGCGAAAGAGGAGGGUGUCUCAAGAGGUCAACCUUGAGACCCUGGCUCAGAAGGCCUCUGAGAUGGAAUCCCUACCCUCACACACUGUGAAGGAGCCUCACAGGCCCUGGAGUCCCUCUGCGUCAGGGCCUGGUCGAGGGAUAGAGGGGGUGAGUGCCAAACGGGCCCGAGAUGAGAGUCUUGUGCCACUGGUUAUUCCCGUGUCUGUGCCAGUGCGGCGGACUGAUACUUCCCCAGACAAGGAGCAGGCCUCUCUCUCAGCCAGCUGGCCUCUUCGGCCCAAUGACCCCAACCGCCCUGACCACAAACCCUCUGUCAUCGUCACACGCCGACGCUCACUUCGCAACUCUCUGUCCGAGAGCUCCGGCCAGAAUGGUGGACCAGAUAGUGCCGGAGAUGCUGAGGGCAAAUCGGGCAAGUCGAAGCGCCGGCCUCGUCCUGAGCCCCUCUUCAUCCCGCCACCCAAGCCGGGAACCUUCAUCGCCCCACCCGUUUACUCUAGUAUCACGCCCUACCAGAGCCACUUGCGCUCGCCUGUGCGGCUGGCCGACAACCCUCUCACCAUGCCGCCCUACACCCCUCCCCCCAUCCUCAGCCCCGUGCGAGAGGGCUCAGGCCUCUACUUCUCCACCUUUCUCUCUGCUGCUGCGGCUGCUGCAAGCACUCAGGGCUUACCCCCGCCCGCCACACCCAAAUCAGCCACCCGCAGCCUCCUACGCUCCAACAGUACCGAAAUUACUCCUCCUGUGCUGUCCGCUAUGAGUGAGGCCACUCCUGUCAGCAUUGAGCCGCGGAUAAAUAUUGGGCAGCGGUAUCAAGCGGAGGUUCCUGAGCUGAGGGAGCGCUCGGCCGCGAAACUCGACCCACACAAGGCUGAGCUGGUGUGGGCGCCUCUGCCAGAGCUGGAGUGCAAAGGCCAGCAGCAGGAGAGAGUGGAUGACCUCAUGCACCUGGCCUGCUCCAGUGCACUCUUUGGAGGAGGGACCAAUCAGGAGCUGGCCAUGCACUGCCUCUACGAGUGCAAGGGUGACAUCAUGGGAGCCCUUGCCCUUCUUUUGCUGAAAACCCCCAUCUUUCCCAAAUCUCACCCUCUGGCAAACUACCACUACUCUGGCUCAGAUAGCUGGACGCCUGAGGAGAGACGCUGCUUCAACAAAGGCAUCACUGAGUACAAGAAAGACUUCUUCAAGGUGCAGAAAAUGGUGAGCUCCAAAACAGUGGCUCAGUGUGUGGAGUUCUACUACACCUAUAAGAAGCAAGUGAAAAUCGGCAAGAACGGCACACUCAUGUACGGCGAAGCAGAGCUUCCUGAAACGCGGCCCACAGAGGAGGAGGUGGACUAUAAACAGAGUUCACAGAGAUUUGAAUUGCGAAAGGAGGAGGAAGAAGUCAGGAAGUGGGACGGGUCAGGUGACAAGAAGAAAGAGAGCAGCCCUGGCCGGUUGACGGAAUCUAUACAGGCCACUGAAAAUGCUGGUGCGGUCCUGGUCUUGAGGCAUCAGGAGGAUGGAAGGAGGGAUCAACCUGUGUUCGGGGUCAGCCACACCAUGGCCGCACCUCCUAAGCCUCGACCAGAGAACACGGCACGGAAAAGCGGGGGCGGUGCCAAAGGCACUGUAGGACAGGAGGGAGAGUUCCCCUGCAAGAAGUGUGGCAGGAUAUUCUAUAAGGUGAAGAGCCGCAGCGCUCACAUGAAGAGCCACGCGGAGCAGGAAAAGAAGGCAGCGGCUCUGAGGCAGAGGGAGGCUGAGGAGAAGGCAGCAGCAGCGGCAGCAGCCGCCUUAGCAGCCAGCCAGCAGAACGGAGCACGAGGGGAGCAGGUAGGACUGCGGCGGGCCAGUAGUGAGGACUCUUCAGACGAAGAUGAGGACGCAGACGAUGAAGACUGGCACUAACGAACACUCACCUUCACCGUGGAGAAUCGGCAGGCACUUUUGCAGUCUGAGCUGAUACACCAGAAUGUGUAAAGCGCCAUACAGUUGGAAGGUUCACGCUCUUUUGCUGCCCUCUCAGGUAGGGCUGCACAAUACAGAUGAUGUGGACAAAAUAGCAUAUUGUGAAUUUAUUGCUACAUAUUGCACUUGCAAUACAUUAAAACAUUGAUGGUUUACGUGACACGGUUAUAAGUUAGCCUGUAUUAUUCUGCCCAAAAUUAGUAUUUUUUGGUUGUUUGAAUGCCUUUAUUUAUCAAAACAGCCACAGAAGCUCAUAUGGAACAUCGGAGACUGUGCUCAUACACAUACAUCAUUGGUUGUGACUGAAAUGUAUCUCUAGCCUCUCAUUAGUAUUGUGCUAUAUAGGUGGGAACUAUUUAGUUUACUAAAUAGCAGUAAUACAACACAAGAAUGAAUUCAGACCUUUUCUCCUGAUCAGCUUGUGUCACUUCUCAGCGGUCACUGAAAACAAACCAACAUGAGUUGAUUGCGAGGCUGGAGUUGGCUUUGUAUUUAUAGCAGUUCACUUGGGCAUAACACUUUUAAAAAGUGCAGAGGGGCGAGGACAAAGUAAACAAUUCUUGGUCUGUGAGUGCAGUAACUUGCAGUUUACCAGUCAGUGAUUUUGCUGUACGAUGAACAGCAUUUUGGUCGUUGUUUUUAAUUGUACAGAGAGUUCUCUGUCUAUUGCUUAGUAGCAAGAGACUUGGAAUAGACCUCUGAAGUCAUGUCGGCAUUCUGUAGUCAGCAUCAUACACAUAUAAGGAACUGUAAAUCUAAGCUGUUUGGUUCGCUAUGGGAAGAAUGAAUGGCAUUUUCGAAAAAAUUGUUGCCAUCACCUCCUGUGGUAAACUAAAAAUGUUCCAAACCUGACACAUUUUGCUGUACAGAUCUUUCUCCUCCAAAUAACACUGGUCCCCUGAAUUAUGAGGUGGUUAAAGAGUCAAAAUACUACUAUUGUUACAUGCAGCAGUGGCAGCUUGCACACUGAAUUGACAUCAGAAGCCUCACCAAAACACUCCAUGUGAACCGUCAUUUCAGUGCACAGGACUGGUGGCUUGCUUGUAGCAUGUAUGUAGCAUUACUUGCUUUUUGACUGCUAGAGAAGUUCUCAAGAGGAUCCACUGGGGAAAAGGGUAUGUUGGACAAAACGUGUCUUGUAUAGAAUGGGUCAGUUUACCACAGGAAGCAAAAGCAGUGAUUUACAAAAAACACCAUUUAUUUCAUAAAGUCUGCUUAGAUCUGGAGUUCCUAAUACGGGCAUGACCGCAACUACAGAAUGACACAUGAUUUCAGAUGUCUAUGCAUGUUGGUAUACGAUCCUUCAUCAAAUUACGUUUUCUUGAUUUUGUGAAAAUAAGGUUACGCACCCUCUACAAACAAAAUUUGCUGGCAUUUUCCAGCAAAUUUUAAUAUUCAUUGGAAUAUAUAUAUAUAUAUAUAUAUAUAUAUAUAUAUAAACAUAUUGAGUGUGCUAUAACUUGCACAGGCCACAUUGUCAAAAUCACUUUAGUAUUCCGUUUUACGAUCGGGACACUAAGAGAAAAAUUACCACGGUACUCAGUAGUACCUUAAAGCGCAAAUAGGGAUCCAUUUCGGGUCACAGCCACUGUGAUUACUUACAAGGCUUAUUUAAAUAUCGCAAAGGCCAAUAUCAAUAUCACAAUAAUGACAAGCAAACUGAUGUUUUGUGCAGCCCUACUCUCAGGACAUGCACUAGACAUACGCCUUCAGGGACUGGCUUACUCCCUUCUUGUGUAUGUGUGAUGUGUAUACGUGUAAAAGAGAGUGUGUGUUUGUGCGUAUGUAUGUGCGCAUCCUCAAGGCAUUCAGGGUUUUUUUUCCAGGCAUAGGGCUACAGGGAGUACAAGCCUGUGUGUGUGUGUGUGUGUGUGUGUGUGUGUGUGUGUGUGUGUGUGUGUGUGUGUGUGUGUGUGUGUGUUAGUGUGUGUGUGAAUAGAGAGACUAGCGGUACGGAGCGCUGUCCCUCAGCACUUUGAGUCCUCUCACAGCACAUAGUGACCUGGGUACAGCUCAAGAAGUCCAUCCUGCUCCUCCACCAAUUACAGACUCGCUUCGUCCCUUUAUUAUCGACCAUGACUAACAUGCAGCAGUAGUUCAGUCACUGCUGUGGACACUGCAGGACACACAGCCUGGCAAAGAGAGAAGGAAAUGACGAUGGACACGUCACCUGUGCUUUACUGUUGUGUCCUUCUUUCUUUAUUUUCUAAGUGAAAGUCUAAAUGAAAGUUCUCCUCCAGUUGACUGCCAAAAGCUUGCACAGCCGUACUCCUGAUAACUCACUGGUUUUCUAGUGCCGUAACUUUGGGCUUUGUUUUUGUUUAGUUUUUUUUGUUUGUUUGUUGUUUUACAUUACGUUUUCUUAUGGCCACCUUGCUGAUGCCUUGGAUGUUUUUGACACUUUUUAUCUUUACAUGACAAUCAAUUUUACAAAGGUUCCUUUUUAUAUCCAACAAAAUCUCAUUGUUAUUGAUAUAUUCAUUAAUUAUUAUUGUUGUUGUUGUUGUUGUUAUAAUUGUUAUUAUCCCUAUUACUGUUAUUGUACUGUUUUAUUGUUAUUAUAUUGUUUUUCUUUUUUGGGGUAACAUUUGAGGUGAAGUUCUUUUUCUCAUUUGACUAUUAGUUUAUUUAAGAUGUUUGCUAUCUGUGCGUGCUGUGUGUAGAGCUUCUUCAAGGAGGAGUCAGUCAAGAAAAGAUGUGAACCGAAGGUGAAAGUGCAAUAGAACAAUUUAAAAACUUCAUGCAAAUGUCCUCCCUCCCCUCCAUAAUUCCAGCCUAACUUGAACUUGAACCUAAGCCCUAAUAUAGCCUGACUUGAACAAGAGCAUUUGAAAACAUCUGCUUUAAUACUGUAGCGAAAUAAAUUUUGAACAAAUCUGUGUCCGUGGCUGUAAAAUUAAGCAGAGGGUGUUUGAACUUUUAGACGGUGGAGAAGAGUCUCUGCACUGCCUCUCUUCAACUGUCCACUGGUCUAGCACUUGACUGUGUAUCCAUGGCAACAAAGAGGCUGCUGAGCCCCCCACCCCCCGUUAAGAACGGCCACGCUGGGGAGCUAUCAGCCUAGAGUAACGACUCCAAUUACUGCUUAUCACACUUGAGUUGGCUAUGCACUCUGUGUUUGUGUGCUUGUAGGAGUGUAUGCGUGUGUGCAUGUGUUACACUGUGGUUGUGUAUGUGUGUGUUUGUACACAUAUGUGUACAUGCGCCUGUAUGUGUGGAUACAUUUAGGUGUUGCACCAAUAAUCAAACUCAGAGCCAAGUGAGAAAAAGAAGCUUUCUGAUCCAUUUAGAAUUUAUUUUUGUUUUUGUUUUUUUUUUUAAAUUCUGUAUUUGUUAAAUUGUGAAGAAAAUGACUUGUUCUUUCAUAAGGGCAAGGGAUGAUGUGUUAAAAUUGUCUAGCCAAGAUUUUGCUUUUUAAAUAUCAGAAAAGUUAAAUGAAUUAAUUGCAGGAUUUGUUGCCACGGAGCCACUUUUCUUGCUUUCAUUCAGCCAAGGGAAAUGCUUGUAUAGAUAUUGAAAAAUAUACAUAUAUAUAUAUAUAUAUAUAUAU